UACUGUCUUCCGGUUAUAAAACCUUCAUCGUUUGUUAAAAGUUGAAUAGAAAAAUCAUACGUUGUGACAUUCACGCUCCUAUAUUGGAUUAUGUUUAUUUUUUGAAGACACGCGUCUUAGGUUUCUUGUUUGUUUCCUAUGUAUUCCGCAUAUGGGCAAGUGGAUAUGGAAAAGUGUUGUCAUGGACGGUUCAGUAUGUUGCUAUUUCAGACGCCAUGCUCUGUCAAUUAUGGUUACGUGUGUUUAAGAAUGGCGAUGAAAAUAUAUUUUGAGCACUUUUAAAGAAGCAGUUAUACUCAUAGUAUUGUAAAUACAACAGCAGAGAAGCGAUGCAUCUAACUAAUAAUUGCUUUACCUGGUGAGAGAUGGACCUAGGGGAGAGAUACGAUCGACUCAUUGCAAAAUGUGUUGAAAAGGACAAGUAUAUCCGGCGCCUGGGAAAUGUACUGAGAGGCUGUCGUUGUGGUAUUGUCACAGAAAUGCUGCUUGAUGAACUAUGUUUGACUGAAUCUGACCUGGAGAAAAACGAAUACCUGCAGCUUCUGUCUCCUUUUGUACACAGCCAAACACGAGUUAGCCUACAGGGAGAUGUGAGUGCCAGCGAGAAGUACCCUAUAGUAUCUGUACAUAACAACUCUCCAGUGAACAAUGUUGUACCCUGGGUGCAAGUCACAGCUCUCACUGCAUUGUCUGCUGAACUGGCAGCUAAACAAGAUGACCGACUUCACCAACAACCAACCGAAGCAUAUCACAGGAAUGAUCGAGAUGACACACAUUUUAUCUCAGUAUCAGACAACAGGUCAUUCCCAACUCAAACUACACAUGACGUCACAGAAAACUUUGCUGACAGACCCAACAUAGAAUCUGAACACAGCUAUGCCAAUGGAUCGGAAAUAUCAGAUCCAGGAUCACAGUACGUUCCUCAAGGCAUCAUCAGUCUUCCAGAGUCCAACCAUUUCAACAGAGUCAGUAUUAAUGGAGUAAACGAGGAGUAUCAGCCCCAGCAUGUACACGGGGAGGGUGGGGACAGGCCGCAUACCACCGUAGAGGAAUCGGGGGGAAGGUAUGUUACCACGAACAGUCAAUACCCUGAGGCCACAGCGAUGAGUGAUACAGACCACAGUGAUCGAUUCAUCAGCCGGCAGAGUUCAGAAACGGGAAACUUAUUGAAUAAUUUGACUGAUUUAGCAUAUCAAAAUUUUGUGGACAAUGUCCCAUUUUCACCCGUGUCCCCAGCAGAGUCAAGCUCUGAGAUCUUCAACCUGCAGCCUCCAGUAAUUCCGAUACAGGUGACAGACAACAGAGUGCAGCACUUACCAGCUGUACAAAAACCUUCAGAGUCACAAGAUCAGGUGGAAGUAAGACCGAAGAUUACUUCCCACAAGUCUAAGUAUCGAUGUGAUGUGUGUGGAAAAUGCUUUGCUAAGCCAUCAAAACUAAAUGAACACGUCCGAGUCCACACUGGAGAGAAACCUUUCAGAUGUCCCACCUGCCAGAAGUGUUUUGCCCAGUCGGGUACCCUGAAGUACCACAUGAGAAUCCACUCUGGAGAGAAGCCGUUCACAUGCGCAGAUUGUGGCAAGACAUUCACACAGCCGGGGCAGCUGUCGUCACACGCACUCAUCCAUCAAGAAAAGUCCCAUAAGUGCCAGUUGUGUAAGAAAAGCUUCACAGAAGAACUGUUACUGGAACGCCACAUGAAAAUCCACAAAAAGGAACGCCCCCAUAAAUGUGACAAAUGUGGAAAGUGUUUUCUCCACUCAGGUAAUCUCGUCAUUCACAAACCGAAGUGUUGUGGGGCAGAUGAAGAACUGAAAUGUAAGGAGUGUGGGAAGGUGUUCCAGUCUCGGGACGAUCUAGAAGAUCACGAUGAAGAUCAUUCGAAAAACAAGCCCCAUCAAUGUGAAAUUUGUUUGAAGAGAUACAAACAGGCAAUAAGCCUUUGUAAGCACCGGAGUUCCCACGUGGAGCUCAAACAGAAGCUGCAUAUGUGUGAGCUGUGUGGGCAGUGUUACAGUAAACCCAGCCUACUGAAAAUACACUUGAGGAUCCACACAGGUGAGAAACCUUUCAUGUGUGAUUUGUGUGGCAAGUUUCACGGCUCUGCAAACAAUCUUCGACGUCACAUGCUGUCCCACACAGGGGAACGUAAUUUCAAGUGUAAGGAUUGUGGGAAGGACUUCUCAACUGCACAUAAUCUGGAGUACCACUCUCGUGUUCAUUCUGGUUUAAAGCCAUUUAAAUGUGACAUUUGUGGAAAGGGUUUUCCCUUUUCCUUCAGUCUAGACCGUCAUAUGCGGACUCAUAAGAACGCUCAUCGUACAUGAUUGGUGACUUACCUCAUAGUAUUCAUACUUGUUGAAACAAUUUUGAAACUUUUAUACCACUCUGUGUACAAUGUUCAGUGAUAUUUUAAGCUCACCUGAUCUGAAAAAGUUAUCCUGUGUUGUUUUUGUUUAUCACCCACCAUCUGCCUGUCAAAAACGUUUACUCUUUCAAUAUCACUUCUGAAUCCAUCCUGUGUAGAAAAUAUCUGAUGCUUGAAACAUCAAUAUAGCAUUAUUUUGGUUGUUCUAAAUGAAUCAUAUUGAAAUGUGAGCGGAAAGUUUGCAGUGUGUUCUUGAAAGUGCUUUAUCAUUUGUCAUGGCCUUUGGUUAUGUUUGUUGUGCAUUUAAAGCUUCGACUAUAUUUUUACAUUUUUUUAUCUCUGUACUAUUUUGAUGGUCAUGAUCAUUAUGACUGUGUAUAACAAUCAGCAUCCUGAUUAAUCCAUGUUUGUGUUUGAAAUAUUCCAGGAAAAGUCCAACUACUAACUAGCACUUUAGCUUUGUUUGUAUAACCCCUGUAGUACCAAGAGGUUGUGAAAAGUCACUAAGUGGAAAGGGUCGUUAGGCUCACUGACUUGGUAGAUGGCGGGGAUCAUUAUCACAAUAUCAGUCACUGGAUUGUCUGGUCCAGACUUGGUUCUCUACAUGAUGUCAUAAUGUGAUUUGAAUUUAUCUGAAGCAAAUGUAAGCAAUAUGAAAGGUAAAAUCUGAUUGUCUGUUUUGAAGGACAUAGAAGGGGCGUAACUCUUAAUAAUAAUUUUGGUCACAUUACGAUCACAAUUGUUUAGCAAGGGUGGAAACUAGACUUGAACUGAGGGCAGUUGAUUCCCUCACCUCAGGAAAUACCAAUCCAGGAUUAAACAUCACAAAUGUUUGCUCCAUUUUCAUUUGUUUUUUAAUGAUGAUUUCCCUCUUGUGCUAUUGAAGAAGUGUUUCAGCUACCACACUCUAACUUAGUCUAAGGAUGCAGUUUGUAAGAGACAGAUUUCAGUGGUCUGAUUAUCCAACUGUUCACUGUUUAUAUAUAUAACUAUUGAACUAUGUUGAAGAUAUCCAUCUCUAAACGUGACUAGAUAACUGAAUGUUCCUAUAUGUCCUGGGGCAGUGGGGUAGCCUAGUGGUUAAGGCGUUCGCUCGUCACGCUGAAGACCCGGGUUCAAUUCCCCACAUGGGCACAAUGUGUAAAGUCCAUUUCUGGUGUCCCCCGCCGUGAUAUUGUUAAAAAAACGGCGUAAAACGUAACUCACUCAUAAAUGUCCUGCAUCAGUUGUCAGCGAUCUAACCAAGCUUUUUUGUCUAGUGGCUAAAGCUUAGAAGAGGCACUGUAAGGAUAUGCCUAUCUUUGUAUCCAUUUAUGAUAAGGGUCUGUAUCCAUUUUUAGAAACUGAAGGGGCUCACUGGGAGCCUUGUGUAAGGGGGUAACAAUGUUUCUAUGCUGAGUUGUGUCCCUUGGUUGUGCCAGAUACCUAUGAUUGUGUGUUCACAUCCCUGUUCUCUCGGUUAUAUUUCAAAGAUUGUCAGUAUUGUACCAAACCUUGUGGCUUUCCUCUCAUGCUGAGCUGAAACAAGGUGAUUAAAUGGAAUACAGUGAAAACAGUGUUAAGUCACCUCCUGAUAACUACUCAAACAACUGUUACCUGACCAACUGUUAUGGUUACUGCAUAUACCUCGAGUGAUACUGCUACAACGAAUUUAUCUUGGUGAUGUGUUUCAAUUACAUUAUACAAGGGAUUUGUUCUCCCUUAUAGAAAUCCACAUGCAGCCUGUUUCCUUUGUAAGCAGCUUUUCUUGGAUUUAUGUCUCCUGUUCGGAAGGGAUGCAUAGUUUAUUUUGCGAUCCCUUGAAGCAAUUAUAUUCUAGCAGUCACUGAUAUAAAAUUACGAGAAACAUUUACCUUGAUCAUUGAUUAUGAUAUAAAUAACUGUUUUGAACCAGGCUUGAUUUGUCUUGCCUAGAUUUGUUCAUUUAUAAGUUGCUAUUAGCUGAUUUUCCUUGGCCAGACUCAAUUUACAAGCUGCCUUUCACUGAUUUGUCUUGACCAGACUUCUUAUAUACAGGCAUCUGCAUCUGAAAUAUUGUUGAGUGAGGGGUUAAUCAAGAAACUAACGACAAGAGAUGUACAUUUUCUUUGUGCUUAGGCACAAGUAGCACAAAAAUGUCAGUUGUUGUUUUUUAAAACAGAGCAGAGGUUGCAUGCUCGUGUCAGAAUGAGCAUGUGACAGUCAUUGUUACCAGACCCAUGAAGAUCCGGGUUAAAUUGGUCUUCAGUAACCAAUGCUUGUCAUAAGAGGCUACUAACAGGAUCGGGUGGUCAGGCUGGGUGGCUCGGUUGACACGUGUUAUCUAGCCCAAUUGUGUAGAUUGAUGCUCAUGCUGAUCACUGGAUUGUCUGGUCCAGACUCGAUUAUUUACAGACCGCCGCCAUAUAGCUGGAAUAUUGCUGAGUGCUGCGUUAACAGCAAACCAACAUUGUUACCAUAGUAAUGUCUUAAACAGCUGUUUGACCUUGUACGUGUCCUUGACCUCCCGUCUUGUUAAAGCGUAGCCAUCCAUUAAGUACCAUGGGAUCGGGUGUUCAGGCUGGCUGGCUUGGUUGACACAUGUCAUCGGUUCCCAAUUGCGCAGAUCGAUGCUCAUGCUGUUGAUCACUGGAUUGUUUGGUCCAGACUGGAUUAUUUACAGACCGCAGCCAUAUAGCUGGAAUAUUGCUGAGUGCGGAGUAAAACUAAACUCACUCACUCACCCAUUAAGUACGUCAUAUUCUAGGAGCUGUCUGGUGUGCAUUGUUCAUUUGUUGGGAGUUUGGAAUACUGAGGGCUUCCAUUUCACAUCCACUGAGCGGGCAUCAUUAACAUGUAUUGUUGCAUUUGUACUUAUACAAAUAGAGUAGAGUAUUUAUACAGUACUGGGUGCAAUCAUCCUGAUUAAAAGUGUGCAAUGGAGA